AGAUCAGAUCCACAUACUCCUACGAACAUUGCAAAAAGACCCAACCUUUAAAGGCAAACAACAAAGAAAAGGAGCUUUCUUUUCUUACGCAUCUCAGCUAAACCCAUUGUAGCCUUGAGUUUGGACAUUGAAAUGGACCCAUUACCGUAACUCUACUGUUCCAAAAACAACAACGGCUAGAUUUGAAGAGCGGGAGCCUAUCUUUGGUGGCCUUCAUUUUGUUUUUUACUAGCAGAGUGAGUGACUGUGAAUCAAAAGCUCAACGACAACAGCAAGAAGAAGAGAGAAGGAAACUAGAGAAGAAUAGAUUUUUUUCUUAAGAAAUGGAGGAAUCUGCUUGUCUUGUAAGAUCAUUUUCUAAUCCUGCAGAUAUUUCUCGCCAAGUUAAAGAGGGUAACCCCAUUCGUGCUCUCACAGAAUCAAUAUCUUUCGGCAGAUUCAUGUCGGAACCGCUGGCAUGGGAGAAAUGGUCAACAUUUUCUCACAACCGUUACUUGGAAGAAGUGGAAAAGUUUUCAAAACCAGGAUCUGUUGCUCAAAAGAAAGCUUUCUUUGAAGCUCAUUACAAGAGAAGAGCCGCAAUGAGAGCUGCGGCUUUGCUUGAGCAAGCCAAUGUUGUCACCAAUGAUGCAUCUCAAAUGGGAACUAUAAAUGCAGCUUCGGUUGACCCUUUGUCAAAUACGGAUUUAGCCAAUUCAGAUGCAUCUUUGAGUGCAGAUCAGCCGGAGAAAAAUAUUUCCGAUGCUGAGAUAAUUAAUACUGCUGGUGUAGAUGCAGGCAAUCUUAGUGUUGUAAGAGAAAAUAUCGAUAUUACCGAUGCGGAGCAAAGUCUGGCAGUGAUGGAAGAAGAUGUGAAUAUGGGGAAAUGUGACCAGGGUGAGAAUUCGGAGGCUUUCGAAAAUGGUGACAUCCUUAGCAAGAUUAUGGCAACCCCAAAGAUUCUCCCUAAGGAUUGUGCUGAUCCAAAGAACUCAACUUCAUCAAGCAAGAAAAAGCGAACAAAUUCUUUGUUAAAGUCAUCAGUUCCUAGUAGAACAUCCAAACUUCCAUUACAUCCUUCUAAACGAAUGGCUUCAGCACAAGCCAAGAGUGAUGCUAAUGUUGCCAAAUCCGCUGGAAACUCAAAUGACAAGAAGAAAACAAUUCCGAACUCGCUCCACAUGUCAAUUAAUGUUGCUUCCAGUGCUGGUAAAACUAAUAAAACAUCACUAAGAAUUUUAAGAGAUAGUUCAACUCCAACACAAACACCAACCAGGGCAUUGAAGAAAUCUGCUGAUCAAGAGAAUUUAGCUCCAUCAAGUGAAAAAAGACGGUCGAAUUCCACUUCGAAGUUAUCCAAUCGUGGCAUAGUACCCAAACAAACAACUUCAAGAAUAGGAAAUAACCAUGCUCAUAUUAAUAAGAAGCCUGCAUUAGACCCAAACGAGCAGAGGAGAAUAGCUCAAAAAUCCCUUCAUAUGUCAAUGAAUUUUACUCCGCAUGCUGGUGAAACCAAUAAGACAUCACCUAAGAUUUCCAGAGAAAGUUCGACUCCACUAGAAGCUCCAACCAGGGCAUCCGUUUAUGGGGGUUUAAAGCAUGCUUCCAAGGUUGUUCAGGCACGAGAUAGAAGAACUACAUCAGUUCUCAAUAAGUCAGUUUCAGCAACAGGAGAUGGGAGAUGGCCAUCCCUCUCCAGCUGCUCGAAAUCUUCAAAUGCAAGUGGAACCAGUACAAGAUGUACUAUUAAUUCUGCUCCAUUUAGUUUCAGGAGCGAAGAAAGGGUGGCAAAACGGAAGGAGUUCUUUAAGAAGCUAGAAGACAAAAUGAUCUCAAAGGAAGCAGAAAAAUCACAAAUGCUAAAAAAAUCAAAGGAGAAAGCAAAGAAUGAACUGAACAAACUCCGGCAAAGCACUGAUGUGAAAGCUAGAUUGAAUGAAGAUUCAUGCCAUGGAUCACAGUUCUUAAGCAAUUACGUUAAGAAGAUCACGUCAAAUUGGCCUCAAUCACCACAAUCUGGAAGGAAGCCAUCUCCCAGCACAGUGCAAGAUGCAAACUCUAUACAUCCAAGGAGGCCUUCGAUUAAGGCCGAAAGCUCUAAGAAUGGAUCAAUGAAAAAUAACAGGACAACUUGUUCAAGGACCUCAUUGCCAAAGAACAGGCAUGAAAACGCCUCCCCAAAUAUCCAGCUUUCAGUUGGCAAAAGGAGUAUUUCAUACAAGCAUGAAAAUGGGGGGUCGGUCCACGGUGGUGGGUGUGACCGAUGACUUUUUAGUUCCUUUAGUAAUAAAAAUUACAGAAAAUGAAAUACAAUGAAAGAUAGAAUUUACAUCAGGGAAGAUAUCAGAGAGGAGUUUGUAUUUUCUCUGUACUGCAAAAUUCCACAUCAAUCCUAAGUACAAUUUUGUGAAGAACUUUGGCUAUCAAUCUGCAUAUAAAGUCCUGGCCUUUUAUGUA